CCUUGGUGUAUUGUUUUGGGAGUUAACCACAGGAAGAUCGCCAUUUCAAAACGCAAGUGCACUCCAAAUUGUUCAAAAUAUAUUAUAUUUUGAUCAUCGGGAAGAUCCAAAUCCCGCCACGCCCAUUGAAUAUGUAAGUCUUUACAAAAAAUGUUGGGAUUUAUGUCCAGAAAAGCGGCCAGAAAUAAACGAAGUUGAUAAUACUGUUAGCAACAUAAAGUUGGAGGCUGAUAAAAAAUUUGACGAAAAUAUUCUUAACACAGAGCAAUGUGCUAGUAAUUUCUCUGUCUUUAAUACAAUUAUUGCAAAUCUGUUUCAAGAUUUCAUUAAAUUGUACAUUAAGGAUAUGGAUACUAAUUCUGACGAUACUGUAAAUGACAUAAACAGUUGGCUUAAAAACAAUCAAAAAAAUUCGAAAAAAAUUUUGGAUUUCGCCAUGAGUUUUGAAAUAGAACGUCGUGAAACAAUUAUUGCAUAUUUUUUUAUGAAAGGGUUUGGAACAGAUGAAGACUAUGAGGAGUGUUUACAUUGGUGUAAAAAAGGCUGUGAGAAAAAGGACAUUUAUUCUUAUUAUGAGGCAGCCUUUUGUUACAGAUAUUGUCUUGAAAAUUAUAACGAAGCUUUUCAUUAUUUUAAUUUAGCUGCGAGCGGCGGAAUUUUAAAAGCAAAACGUGAACUUGCUAUUAUGUAUAUGAAUGGGAUGGGUUGUAAAGAAAAUAAAGCCAAAGCAUUUGAUUUAUUCAAAGAAUCCGGAGAUCAGGAUAAAAUAGCAUGUUGUAUGGUUAGUGAUUGUUAUUAUGAGGGCAUUGGAAUAGAAACUAAUUUAAACGAAGCUUUAAAAUGUUAUAAAAUUUGCUGGAAAAAAUGGAGAUAUCCAAAUGCAAAAAUACGAAUACCUUUAAUUGAAAAAAAACUG